GUUUGUCCCAUUUGAUUCCUUAGGCAUUAUAAACUACAAAGAGAUACAUGGGGUAUAAGUGGGAUAUGAGAUUUAGACCUGGAGGUGGAGGCUCUUAGGGAAGAGAGUUGUUUUCAAGCCUCAAGGAAGGAUCUCUCUCUCAAAAGCAAGCAUCUGUGCUCUAUACUGGCAAACACAGGUCUAUUUCAUCAGUUCUCUUUUGCACUGGUGAUAGACUUCAUCAUGGUGGUCAAUCGGGUCCACAUACGGAUAAGGCUGCUGGUAGCCUGCUUCCUCUUUUUCUCUGUCUAUGGACAAACCAAUGGGCCAUAUUUUAUGGUGACAUUCCCUGCAGUAAUAGAGUCUGGCUCUAAUGCAAAGUUAUGUGUGAGUUUUCUGAAUCCUAAUGAGACUCUGCAAAUGAACAUCUAUCUGGUUGAUGGCAACAAGAACAGAACACUUUUACAAACGACAGUGGAAAAGGAUAUUCAUCAGUGCUCUCAUUUUGAGGCUCCACAGGUUGCAGGUGAUUCAGUACAAGAGAUCAAAGUAGAAGUGAAAGGUGAAGAUUUUAAGAUGACAGAGAAAAGGAAAGUGAUGUUUAAAACAUAUGACACAUUGUAUUUUAUCCAAACUGAUAGACCAAUCUACAAUCCAGGCCAAACUGUGAAUUUCAGAAUUGUCUCUAUGGAUUCAAAUUUUAUACCACUCAAGCAAAAUUACAGCACAGUGAGUCUUCAGGAUAAUUAUCAGAAUAGGAUUGGUCAGUGGACGAAUGUAUCAUCAGGUUUGAUACUGCAACUUGCACAUGAGCUAAAUGCCGAGGCGCCACAGGGACAUUAUCAGAUAAUUGCUGACACCGGAAAUAAAAUGAUUAGGCAUGGCUUUAAAGUAGAAAAGCAUGUUUUACCCAAGUUUGAGGUUAUAGUGAAUGCACCAGAAGAACACAGUGUCGGGAAUGAGGAACUGAAGCUAGAAGUUUGUGGAAAGUAUACUUAUGGACAACCAGUACCUGGACAAGCGGUGGUGCAGGUCUGCCGGAAUUUUAGGCACCAUUAUUAUGACGCACCCAAGAUUUCACCCUGCCUGAGUGAAACUGUGGAGAUGGGUCAGAACGGCUGUGCAUUUCUUACAAUUAAUGUGUCAAACUUCAUAAAUACUGUUUUUGAAAAUGAAUUUUUGGAUAAUCUCGAUGUUACUAUUACACUCACAGAGGAAGGAACUGAUUUGUCACUGGUGAAAUCUCAUAAGAUCAAACUCUCUUUCCAAAUCGGUAAAGUAGAAAUCCUUGAGGCACCAAAUAACUUUGAACGAGGAAAAGUUAUAGAAGGAAGAAUUAAAGUUACUACCUUUAGUGGAACAGCAAUUCCCAACAAGCAGGUAUAUCUUUCAGAGGGGAACAUGUGGUCUCAAACGUUACUUCUCAAUCUUACUACAGAUAGUAAUGGAUUAGCAAACUUCUCAGUUGCUUCACCUGAACAUCCUACAACAGAGAUAACAUUGAGGGCAAGUGUUUAUAGCACGGAAACAUACCUCGAAUACAAAAGAAAAUUUUUUGCAAAAGCUGAAAAAAGUAUACAUCUUCUUGAACCAGCCACACCGUACAGUCCAGUGUAUAGUGAACUGACAAUAAAGAGUUCUGAGGAACCUUUUAAGUGUGGUGCUGAAAUUCCUAUAACCAUUAACUACUAUAUUGUUGGGGAAACUGCUGAGAGUUUCAGUAUGGAUCUAAUAUACACUGUCUUAUCCAGAGGAACCAUAGUCCACCUUGGGCAUGAAAAAGUUGAAGUGGAAAGCUCUACAGAUGACAGAAAGGGGGAAUUUUCAUUCAAACUAUCAGUUGCUGCUGAGUUUUCUCCAGCAGUGCAGGUUGUGGUGUACUCUGUCCUGCCCAGUGAGAACGUCAUCGCUGCUAACAAGAAUUUUGAUAUAGAAAAAUGCUUUAAACAUAAGGUUUCGCUACAGUUCUCUCCUACUAAAGCAGUUCCUGGUGAAAAAAACACUCUUGAACUUACUGCUCAUCCUGGUUCACUGUGUGGCCUCAGUGCUGUUGAUCAGAGUGUGUUCAUCUUGGAGUCUGGAGACCGCCUAAACAUUGAUAAGAUAUUUAAAAUGUUGCCAGUAACAUCCACAACAGAUUAUCCCUAUGAAGUUGUAGAUGAUCAGGAGUGCUUGCAUGUUAGACCACGGCGGGAUAUACUAAAUGACCAUGUUUACGACGCAUUGAAGGGAGUGGGGUUGAAGAUGGCAACAAAUUUGCCUGUUAGACAACCUAACUGUUUGAUGUACAAAGGCAUGCAGUUUCAUCGUGGUAUUUAUGUUCAUUACAGAUCAAAUGCUUACCCAGUUGCUUUGGCCUUAGGAAGAUAUUCACCAGAAGAUGGGUAUAUUGAGACAGUUCGUAAAUUCUUUCCUGAAACCUGGAUAUGGCAACUUUAUGAAGUUGGAGAUUCUGGAUCAGUAGAACUUCCUGUCACUGUUCCUGACACAAUCACCACUUGGGAGACAGAGACUUUCUGCGUGUCCUCUAUAGGUCUGGGACUGGCUCCUCCUGUUAUGCUCACAGUAUUUCAGCCAUUCUUCCUGGAGCUCUCGUUGCCCUACUCCAUUAUCCGAGGAGAGGUUUUUGAGCUGAAGGCCACUGUCUUUAAUUAUCUUUCCAAAUGCAUUAUGGUUAAGGUGACUCCGGCUCCUUCCUCAGACUACACUCUGAAACCUUCUUCUGAUGGAGAGAAUUUAUCCUGUUUGUGUGCAAAUGGAAGAAAAACCUUCAUAUGGACUCUGACUCCCACUGUGCUUGGAGUCUUGAAUGUGACGGUGAGUGCAGAAGCAGAUCAAUCCCAGACUGUGUGUGACAAUGAAAUUGUGAGUGUUCCAGAGAGAGGCCGCAUAGACACGGUUACACGGAGCCUAAUUGUACAGCCUGAAGGAACUGAAAAAACCAAGAGCCAAAGCUGGUUAUUAUGCCCACAAGGGAGCAGUGUUUCAGAGGAGUUGGAGUUGACUCUUCCUGAGGAUGUAAUAGAAGGAUCAGCUCGAGCCUCUGUUUCAGUGCUUGGUGACAUACUUGGCCGUGCAUUAAAAAAUCUGGAUGGUCUACUAAGGAUGCCGUAUGGCUGUGGAGAACAAAACAUUGCACUCCUCGCCCCUAAUAUCUACAUUCUACAGUAUCUAGAGAACACUGAGCAGCUCACCACAGCGAUCCGUGAGAGGGCUACUGGUUACCUUAAAAGUGGAUACCAGAGGCAGCUAAACUAUAAGCAUUUUAGUGGUGCAUAUAGCACAUUUGGUACUGGAGAGGAGAACACAUGGUUAACUGCUUUUGUUAUGAGGACUUUCGGAAAAGCACAACGCUACGUUUACAUUGAUCCAGAAAUCAUUAAAAGUGCAAAGACAUGGCUCAUUGGGAUGCAGAGACCAGAUGGCUGUUUUAGACGACAGGGACGUUUAUUCAAUAACAGAAUGAAGGGUGGUGUAAAUGAUGAUGUGACCAUUACAGCCUAUAUCACUGCAUCACUCCUUGAACUUGGAAAUACAUUAGAUAAUGCUGUUGUGAGUAAAGGUCUGAGGUGCUUAAAUUCUUCUCUUGGUAACCUGACAAACACCUACACCACUGCACUGCUGGCCUACACUUUCAGUCUGGCUGGAGAAAGUGAAGUUCGAGAACAACUGCUGAAAGACUUGGAUAGUGCUGCUAUUAUUGGAGAUGGUCGUCUUCACUGGUCUCAGUCAGCUUUAGAUGACUCCGACUCAUUGUCAGUGGAAAUCAGUUCCUAUGUGCUGCUAGCAGUUCUCACUACAGGUGAACUCACUGCUGCUGAUUUGGGAUAUGCUAAUAAAAUAGUCAGCUGGCUGGUGAAGCAGCAAAAUCCUUAUGGAGGCUUUUCAUCCACUCAGGAUACAGUUGUAGCCCUCCAGGCUCUGGCUCUGUACUCCACUAAGGUGUUCAGCUCAGAUGGUUCUAGCACAGUAACUGUAAAGUCAGCAGAUGAAAACAGUCACAACUUUGAUGUGAACCAAAACAACAAGCUACUGUUUCAAGAAAGAUCACUACUACAUAUACCUGGCAAAUACACUAUUGAUGUGAAGGGCUCCACCUGUGUAUCAGUGCAGACAACACUGUUCUACAAUAUUCCUAUACCUUCUGAAUCCAGCACACUGAGCAUCACAGCUACAACUGACGGAAACUGCACAAAAUCAUUUGGACAUAUUUUGGCCAUCAAUUUCUCUGUCAAAUACAAUGGUACACUAAACAGCACUAACAUGAUUAUAGUUGACAUAAAACUCUUAUCAGGGUUCACAGCAGAUCCUGGUGAGCUGAAAAACCAGUAUUUGGUGGAACGAAUUGAUUCGAAAGAUGACCAUCUUCUCAUGUAUAUAAAAAAGCUUGAAAAUAAUUUUCCUAUCAACUAUAUACUGCACAUUAAACAACUGCUUCCCGUCAACAAUCUCAAGCCGGCUGUGAUCAAAAUUUAUGAUUACUACCAAACAAGUGACCAGUCUGAGACAGAAUACACCUCCCCCUGUGUGUAAGCUUCCUGAUCUGUAUUAAAGAUGGAGAAAAGCUUGGGAUAUUCUGUGUGCUGUUUUUUUUCUUGUACAAGAGAUGUCAUUUCUUGUACAGAGAUGUUUAUACUUACCACAUUACUACAAUUAUUAUUAAGAUUUAUAACGGGUUUUAUCGAUUUGUACUGAUCUAUAUGUAACCACUCUUUAUAACCCUGGUGAAAAUAAAUGUCAGAACAUCA